UGGAGUAGCUUGCACUAAAUUUAGACUCCUUGCUGGGACAUGGAAACACUACCCACAGAGUUGCAGGAGAUUUUAUGCAGCCACCUGGAUGGGGACUCACUCUUAAGGGCUUGUUCUGUCAGCCCACAAUGGAACAGAAUUAUCUCGUCAUUGCAGCCAGUGUGGCGCUAUUUGUGUCUGCACUUAGGCACCAGUUCUGUGAAUUAUAUUGCUGACAACUGGAAGACACUUUACAUUACCUGUCGAAGGCUCUUGCAGCAUCUAAAGAAGGGAUCUGCAUUUAAACACAGAAACUUCAUUCCUGAGAAUUUCCAUGCUUCAGUCAUCAGAGGGUUAGUUUAUGGCAACGGAUAUCUGUUUGCAGGCAUCCACAAUCUUGUGCAAGUGUGGCGGGUAUCAGACCUGCAGUAUGUGGCAAAGUUUCAGGUACCUUACAAACUGUCGUGUUUAACGGCGUCUCCAGAUGGACAGGUGUUGGGAGUUGGUUGUCACAAUGGUGCUAUCACCACAUGGCAACUCUUCUAUGAGAAGAAGAUCUGCACAGAACCUUUAAUGAAAUAUCAUAGACAUGCUGGCUACAUCACAGCCAUGGACAUUAGCACAGAACUGGAUUUGCUGUGUAGCGGAGGCAGUGACAGAACUACUCGAGUGUGGAACCUCUUCUCCGGUGUCCUCCUGUGGACUGCGACAAUGAACAGUUCUGUGUCACAGAUCAUAAUGAUGCCUCAUUAUAUCCUACUUCUCGCAGAUGAGGUCAGCAUCCAGCGAUUUUCUUGGCUAACACAAGGUGGCAGGUUAGAGGCUACUGGACCUUCUAUACUGACAGGUGCCUCGAUGCGUCGGUUUCUCAUCCAUGACAGGAAAUUGGUAUAUGUCAGGAAUGGAGGAGCCAUUGUGAUACUGGACUGGUGUACAGGUGAAACUCUGCAUCAGUUGUCUCUAGGAUGUACAGAUAUUGACCUCGUAGCAGUCGGAGCAAAAUUCAUGUUGGCAGCUCUGUGGGACAACUUUUGCAGGAAGCAGGAGCUUGUGAUCAUUGACCUCUCAAGUGGCAGUGUUGUGGGAAGCUACCCCAUGCCCUAUUGCAGGCCAGAAUAUGUUGUGGCUGGAGAAACUGCGUGGCUGAGUGGACUUGCAUAUUGGAAGCCUGAGACACUUGUGAUAGCCACUUCCAAUGCAUUUCAGGCAACGCACUGCUUCUACUUGGUAACAUGGCGUUGCAUGUAACUAUGGCACUAUAAUAAAACUAAGCUGUGUUCUGGUCUGCUAAUUCUUUGUUCAUUUUCAACAAUUUUACAGUCUCAAGAAUAUCCCUUUGCCUAUCAUGUAAUUAAUAUUUAAUGUGUUAUCAAUAUCAUAUGCAUGGAAAAACAUCACACACUGCUGUUUCAAGAACAAUGAUAAAAUAUCAGAGUUGUCUUGUGUCAUACAAUUUUGAAUGCAAUUUAAAAACACUGACCUAUUAUGGUACAAACAUGAAAUCAGUGAGAGAUCCAGUCA